AUGGCACCAAUUCACUGCUUAGCGACUAUUACUCCCGCACCGGGAAAGGAGGCUCGUCUCCGAGAAAUUAUCACCGACCUCGCAAACAAAGUCGAGAAGAACGAACAAGCAGUUCGUAAAUACCAAGCAUUCGAACAAUACGAUGGUGAAAAAGGAAAUGUCUUCGUAAUCCAAGAAUUCUAUGAAGAUGAAGCCGCAUUAACUGCUCAUAUGGGUACAUCCUACUUCAUUGAGCUUGGGAAGCUUUUGUCUGAGGAGGGACUCUUGGGUGGACCACUCGACAUCAAAAAGAUUCAGCCAUUUGCAGGAUUCGCUAGUCGCUAG